AUGGAUAAAACUCUAGGAGAAGCCGCUGUUAAAAAUUUUAAUGGCGGUGUCAUCUUUCUCAGUUACGUGAUAUCUGUCAUAGGUUGUCAAACAACACUUGAGUUAUUUACGAGAAGAACUCAUAUCAAAGGUCUCUAUAAUUGGUUUUUAUUGACAGCUGCCUCUUUCGUCAUGGGCGCUGUUAGUAUAUGGUCGAUGCAUUUCAUCGGUAACAACAGUUUACGCCUAUGUUUCGGUUCGGAAUCACAUCAACUUGUUUAUGGAGCCGGUUAUACUUUUGCCAGUCUUGUCGUAGCCGUUGUCUGCAUGUUUAUUGCCUUCAUUUCUGUCGGGAUCACAGAAGAUGCAAGAUUAUCUCGUAUCAUACCAAGUGGCAUUUUUGCUGGGUUGGGCAUUACAUGUAUGCAUUAUAUGGGACAAUUUGCCAUAGAGUAUUUUGUUCUUGUGUAUAGCAUUGCUUAUUUGAUGGGUGCUAUCAUUAUCGCUUGUGCAGCUGUCACCAUUGCUCUGUAUAUCUUUUUUAAAUUACGUGAGCGUUGGAUGAAUGACUGGUACAAGCGUUUAGGCUGUGCCUUACUGAUGGCAUUAGCCGUAUGUGGUAUGCACUACACGGGUCUCGUAGGCACUGAUUUCUAUAUACCACCGGAAGGCCAACAAGCUCCCGUUGCCAAAUUACAAGAACCCGCUCUCAUUGGUAUCAUAUCAGCCGUCAUCAUUUGCUGUUGUGUUGGCUUACUUUACGUGAGCAUCAAAGCCGGUAUAAAGACAUUGCCAAAAUACAUUAGCACGAGAAAAAAGACGAGCUAUCGCAAACGACUCAUUCUGAAUACUGUUCUAUUUAAUCCAUCGGGUCGCAUCCUUGUCAAGGUAGAUGGCACUCUACCCAUGACCACCAUCGUUUUCCAUUUGGAAUGGAUGUACCUUCACGCCAUGAAUAAUCCUCCUAGUGGCAAUAGGCCCCCGCACCAUUUAAACCAACCCUAUUUAAAUCAGCAUCAAGAAUUCAACACAUCACACCCUUUAUUCGCACGACUGAUGCAAACAUCCAUCGAUAAAGCCGCCGCUGCUACUUCUUCCACCCACCGGCUUUUAUCCGCAAAACGUCUUUCAGUUACUUCAAACUCUUCGUCUUCCACCACCACCACCAUGGAGAUAUACGACACCAUCGAAAAGGGUUUUUUGGAGGGCUGGCGAGAACUAAAAGAUGAAUUGCGCUUCCAAACACUCGCUGACUUGGGUAUUUUGAGUGAUAAUGUCAUCACCACCGAUACCAUUGCUUUGCCGCCUUCCACACCUACAAGCAGUUUCAAGUUGUUCCAUCAGAAAACAGCUGACAAAACGGCCUCUUCCAUUACUUCGUCGUCGAAAAUGGACGUGUUGGCCAAUCAUCAUAAAAUAAAGAAACAUGUAUUUCAUAUGAAAAAAUACCAUAAUACGAGUCGUACGAGUACGGCGACAACGGUAAUACCAACAGCAACAGCAGCAGAUAUCACUGCCCCACCCAAGAGAAAAGUCGCAAAAGACAAAGAACCAGUCAUGGAGAGCAGUUACGAUACCCUCAGCUCUGGUGUUGCUCCUACGCAAGGUCCACAGUCUCGUCCCUCUAUUUUAGCUAACAAUAGCAAUUCUGACUCCUUCCUUCCUUCGUCUGCCAAUGCUUCACUUGAUGAUAUCCUAUACCAGAAGGAAAGUCGCAUUUCCUUGGACGAUGUAGACGGCGAGAAUAAACAUAUAUUCCUCGUCCGUAGACUAACCGAUGAACAACAGGCACAACGACUCUUAGCACAGGGAUAUCGUUUUGCCGAUCCUGUCUUCAUCGCCAAAACCAUGGCGGUAAAAUUACGGAUUCCUACGGAUACCAUGCGAUAUUACUUUACAGACAUGCAGCAGCAGGCCGAUUCGGUCAAUGCUCUCACACAGCUUCAUUGGCCCUUGUCGUCACCUUUAUCUUCGCCUACAGAGGCUAGACCUCAGGAAAAGCCCACAUUCCAUCCUACAGUUUUCAGAGCAUCGACGCGACCUACUGUGCAAAUGGGCGCUUUUGUUUUGCUGGAUGAAUCGCGCGAUUUAACAGAUAUGCACAUUCUGGUCGAAAAAGCAAGACGAUAUACAUUCCCGCUUAUUCAACUGACAUUGGAAGAUGGCACUAUCGUUGAGAAAUUAGAUGCGGAUGAAAUAGAAUUUCUAAACAGACUGAAAGGCCGUUCUCUGUACGACUUUCUCGAUCUGGCACAAACUGUGCUAUCUCUCAAGCAAGAAGAGAAGCAUGAAACCAUCCAAGAUACAGCCAUUCCUAUGGACGACCCUUCCAGGAAGGAACAGACGGAAGAUGCUGCUGCUGAGGAAGCUUCUUUCUAUAACCCUUGUUCUGUCUUGGACGAAAAUAAUAGCAGCAGUGCUUCACUCGAAUCGAAGAGCAACAACGUCAACCAUACGAUGAAAAAGACAAAUGAACAACAAAGGAAAGCGUCGUCUUUAGCCAGUGUCCGUCCUGAAUUUAUUCGAGCUCUCGAACAAGCUGCUGAAAAACUCAUCCACACGACCUCUUACAGCAAAGCUCUCUUCCAGUCGUCCAAAUUAUCGAUGCACUCCUCCUGCUCCUCCUCCAUUCUCGACCUACCUCCUUUCGCUAUCACCACGGGCCCAUGUCAAUUGAUAUGCUUUACUUCCUUUGUUACCACCAGAGGCGCUGCAGCCGCUGUCAACCAUACCUUUACUGAGUCAAUCAAGUCGAUUCCCUUAGCUAUUUACAAACCUCUUUGUGCUCAUAUUACUGAUCAAGCCGCCUCCAUCUAUCAGAAAAGCAAACUACUCCGUCCUUUGUCCGCUCGACCGAGCUCUUAUCUGUUGUUACAGCAACAACAAUUGUACAAUCAUCAAACCGCUAUGACCUCAUCGGAGGCUAUUCCAUUAGAUACCCUUCAUCCUAAAAACGAUAGGGAUCGUACGAGUAUCGCAAGCAGCAGCAGUAGUACUCACCCCACUGCCACGACCCUACCUGCUAUUGCCUUGAAUGACAAAAAAGAGGAUGAAAAUCAGAAGCACCCACCCCAUUCAACAUUGCUGACAAAGGUAUCGGACGAACCUGCCCCAGCCUUCUCUUUACCUCCACCACCACGAAUGACAAAGAAGAAUCGGUUCAAACUGGCCAAUGUUUUGUUAAAUAACAACAACCCAACAAGCGACAGUCAUUAUAGCAAUAGCCACCGCAGUAGUAGCGCAAAUAAUGUCAUUACAGCUACCACUGCAACGGCUGCUACCUUUCUUUUAAACCAUUCACGUUCAGAUGGUCCUUCUUUGACUGUUUUGACAACUCAAGAUAGAUUUUGGUGGAUCAAUUCUGUUGUAGAAAAUACCAUUCAUAAUAGCCAAUAAUCCUUUUUUGUACGUGAUGAGAGAUAAUUCGAAAUCAACACAUAGAUACCACUGGUUUUUCC